CUAUUUGCGACUCGUUUAAAGGGUGUGGGUGGUAGGACUCGGUGAUUAUUUGGCAUUCUAAAAAAUUACAUUUAAUUAAAAUCUUAAUGAGGCCGAGGGGACGGCUACACAAUAAAUACAGUCGUAGCUUCAGCAGGGCAAGGGUUGCAAUCCAUGCUAUAAAAUUUUGAGGUUAAAUUGUAUAUCUUUUGCCUUCCUGUAGGAUAGAUUUAUAUUUUUCACAUUGAAAGAGAAAGAAAAUUGAUGUAGUUUCUGUGAAAUAGUUUUUGUAAAUAUAGUUUUUACAAUUUUUUAAAAUUAUUUCGGGGGAGCCGAGUAAGGAGUCGAUCCCGCUACGAUGGACGAUGCACCAAUGCGGAGUUCCAUGCGGAAAUACUGGGCAGAGCACUCAAAAGCAGCCACUAUUGAAGAGAUGAUGCUCGAUUCUCAUGCUCAGAUAAUUGCUGUUGAGGAGCAACCAGAAAUCAUUGAUAUGUUGCCAGACAUUGACGGAAAGACCAUCUUAGAGCUUGGUGCUGGCAUUGGGCGUUUCACAGAUCACUUUGCAACUGUAGGAAACAAUGUUACAGCUGUUGAUUUCAUGAAGACAUUUCUGGAUAGGAAUCGGGAACAAAAUAAUCAUCAUGCAAAUAUCUCCUAUAUUCAGUCAGAUGUCAUGCAGCUGGAACUACAAAAGAACAGUUUUGAUCUCAUAUUCUCGAACUGGCUGUUUAUGUAUCUGUCAGAUGCAGAAAUAGUAAGGCUGACACAGAGAAUGCUGGAAUGGUUGAAACCUGGUGGAUUCCUUUUCUUUAGAGAGUCUUGCUUUUAUCAGUCAGGUGAUUCAAAGAGGUUUUUUAACCCAACUGUGUAUAGAAAACCUGCCGCCUAUAAUCUUCUCUUAACAUCAGUGGUACAGGAAACUGCAGGGCUGGAAAACAAGAGCUAUGGCUUUGAAAUUGUGAUGUCCAAGUGUGUGCAGACAUACAUCAAGGUAAAGAGGAAUCAGAACCAAGUUUGCUGGCUUCUUCAGAAACUGCCACGUAACCCCUCAGCCAAUCAGGGUUACGGUACAUUUCAGCAAUUCUUAGACAACCAUCAGUAUUCACGUCGAGGAAUUCUGCGUUAUGAAAAAAUUUUUGGACAAGGGUUUGUCAGCACUGGGGGACAAGAAACCACAAAGGAAUUUCUUGCUUUGCUAAACCUUCAGCCUGGACAGAAAGUCUUAGACGUUGGCUGUGGUAUUGGUGGUGGAGAUAUCUACAUGGCAAAGGCGUACGGUGUGGAGGUGCUUGGAAUAGACCUGUCCUCCAAUAUGGUGGAAAUUGCAAUGGAGCGUACAGUGGAUGAGGAUGUCCCUCUGGUUCAGUAUGAAAUUGGAGAUGCCACCAAGAGGGUUUUUCCAGAACAUUCAUUUGAUGUUAUUUACAGCAGAGACACUAUCCUUCACAUUUCAGACAAGUUUGCGCUAUUCCAGAAAUUUUAUUCUUGGUUGAAACCAGGUGGUAAACUACUAAUCAGUGAUUACUGCUGUGGAGAAAAACAAUGGUCAAAUGGCUACAAAGAAUAUGUAAAAGAAAGAGGAUACAUUUUAUAUAGUACUGAAGAAUAUGGCGAGUUCUUACAAAAGGCCAGGUUCGUUAAUGUUCGUGCAAUGGACCGCACAGCACAGUUCGUGGACAUUUUAAAGAAGGAGCUUCAGAAAACUGAAAGUAUAAAGGAUGAAUUUAUACAGGAAUUUUCUGAAGAAGACUAUCUUUACAUUGUGAAUGGUUGGAAGAGGAAACUGCAGCACUGUGAGCUAGGAGACCAGCGGUGGGGCCUUUUUUAUGCAGAGAAACCCAAGAAUGAGCAAGGUUGAAUGAAGACAUUUAAGAAGAAUGCUACCGAAGCACACAGUGUGUAUCCUGAAAUCAUAUACUGUUAUUAUAAAGGCUGUUUUUUAAUUGAUAUUAUAUUAACUGGUUUGAUGAUGUAAUGAACAAUUUUAAAUGUUCUAGUAAAUAAAAAUAGCAGACAGUCAUUAUUUUUUAAUUAAAUAGGGAGUAUUAAUAGGAGCUAUGGUUGAUGCCAGUGUAACCUUGCCUUAAAGCACUUUUGAUGUGAUUAAAAAAAAAUCUAUAGCUCUUAAAAUUUUUGUUGAGCAGUACCAAAGGUUAAAUACAAACAGUAUUUUCUAAAAUUCAUCUAUGUUUGUUUGUUGAUGUCUAAUGUCUCUGUAGUCGUAAUUUAAUGUAGUUGAUUCCUUUAUUGUAAAUUAAAUAAUUUUGAUUUUU